AUGACUCCUAUUCAGCGAUCUAUUGAAUUCGCAACAAAAUUUCCUGAUAUUAUUACAGAUAAGACGCAAUUGCAGCGAUUUCUGGGAAGUUUAAAUUAUAUUUCCCCAUUCUACAAAAAUUUGUCUCGAGAUUUAGCUCCGUUAUACGACAGGCUAAAAAAAGAUCAUAAGAAGCCUUGGACUAAUAGUCUCACAGAUCUUGUAAAGACUAUUAAAGAAAGAGUUCAAUCUUUGCCUUGUUUAACCUUUGCUAAUUCUGCUUGGCCAAAGAUCGUUGAGACAGAUGCGUCCAAUAUGGGUUAUGGUGGAAUAUUAAAACAGAUUAACCCGCAUGAUAAAAAUGAAUACCUUAUUCGGUUUCAUUCAGGAAAAUGGAGUGAUGCUCAGAAAAAAUAUGCAACGGCAGUUCCUCUUAAUAGAGAUUUACAUGAACGUAUUUUAAGGAGAAUUAUAGACGGAAUGGUGAUGGAUAUCGUCGCUAAUUACAUGAUUGAACAAGAACUUUAUGAAAGAUUUUAUUGUUCUGAAGUUUAUGACCUUUUAGAUGAUUAA